UAGGAGGAAUGUGUAUUAAAUUAUUUAAUUUUUUAAGCUAUUAUACCGAUUAUGAAUAUGUUCGCGAAAGAUUGGAUAAAACCGAAGAGAGUUCAAGAAAGAAUUUUUAUGAUCCAAAGGGCUCAAAGUGCACGCAUACUUCUUAUAUGCUCCUAUAGCAUAAUGGGGAUAACGUGCUUCUACAUUACUAUAUUGCCUGUUUUUGGAAUAACAAUGAGAUUGACUCCCAAUAUAACUGAUCCGGGAAGACCAAUGCCUUUACAAACUCAUUAUAUUUACGAUAUAACGAAAAGUCCACAAUACGAACUUACAUUUAUUAGUCAAGCCAUCUAUAUACCUGUCGCCAUGAUGGCCUAUGUUGGAAUUGACAAUUUUCUCAGUCUUUUGAUAUUUCAUAUAUGUGGUCAAUUAGAUAUUCUCCAUUAUCGUUUAACACAUUUGGAUAAAUACGAAAAUUAUCACGACGAAUUAAAAGACUCCUUAAUAAAACAUAUUCGUUUACUUAGAGCUAUAGAUGUUAUAGAAGAUACAUAUAAUAUAAUACUUCUUUUUUUAUUUAUAUAUUUUGCGAUUUCUUUUGCCUUCUAUGGAUUUCGACUGAUUAGUCUGUUCAGCGAAGGAAAUGAUAUGUCAUUUUCUCACUUAGUAUUCUUCCUGUCCACUGUUUUUAAUAUAUUUAUACACAUGUGCUUAUAUUGCGUUCUUGGAGAAAUUUUGAUGGAUCAGUGUAAUGCAAUAUAUUAUGCGGCAUAUAGUACUAAGUGGUACACCAUGGACUCAGAAGUUAUACGAGAUUUGUUGCUUUUAAUGACUAGAGGUUCUAAACCAAUAUACCUCACUGCUGGAAAAAUGUCUCCUAUUACAAUGGCUACAUUUUGUGGUUUAGUGAAAACAUCAGUUGGUUAUAUGUCUGUAUUACAUACAAUGAGAAGUUAA